AUGCCUGGCUUCACCUGCUGUGUUCCGGGUUGCUAUAGCAAUUCACACCGAGACAAAGGUCUGCACUUUUAUACGUUCCCCAAAGAUCCGGAGCUGCGACACCUGUGGCUGAAGAACGUGUCUCGGGCUGGAGUGACGGGCUGCUUUAACACUUUCCAGCCCACUAACGGCCACCGGGUGUGCAGCCUUCACUUCCACGGUGGGCGCAAGUCGUACAGCAUCAGGGUGCCGACAAUAUUCCCUCUUCGGGGAGUGAACGAGAAGAGACCGCGCAGGGGCAGUCCGGGAGACAAAACCAAGAAGAGGCAUCAGCCGAAUUACUCCACAGCGGUCCUGGUGACGUCACUGCCAGGACAGGAGCAGGAGGUGCUGGAGCUGACAGCCGGAGGUGCGGAGAUGAUGCUCAUAGGCACCUCACCUGGCAUGGGAGCAGAUAUGAGCGGCGUAGACUUGUCUCCCCCUUCCAUAGGAAGAUCCCCGACUGGAGGAGCAAUCCACGCAGAAACCAACCCAGUCAAUCUCACCGUCAAGCUGGAUUCUGAAGGAGGACCAGCUUUUUCUCCUGCAACUUCUCAUCAGCAACUCCAAGUGGUAGUGGUGGGAGAAGAAACCUAUCCCAUGCCCGAAUAUUACCCAUCGCCGCAGUUCGCGGACCAUUCCUACUCCAUGUCUUCUAGCACCACCACAGAGGAGCUGCUGAGAAAGCUCAAUGAACAGCGAGACAUUAUAGCCCUUAUGGAGGUGAAAAUGAAAGAGAUGAAGUCCAGCAUCAGACAUUUACGAAUCACAGAGGUAAAACUGAGGGAGACAGAAAGAUAAAGUUUUAAAUGCCACUAAGAAAAAAGCUUAA